AUGCUAGGGCUGACAUAUUUUUCUGCGCUGCUCCUUAUUAUCCUGGUGGCUCAAGGAGCUGUGGUGCAAUCAAAGGAUAAAGAGAAGUCCACUAGCCUACUGCAGGAUCCACAAAAUCAAUGUGGAGACUUCUGCCUCAGCAAGCUCCAUCCAAUGAUGGAUUUGAUUCCCGAGACCAAUUCCAAGUUGGACAGGAUCCACGGCGAGCAGCAGUCCAUCCAGAUGAAGCUCCAGGCAGUUCAGUCCACGUUGGAGGCUUCAGUACAAACCAACGCGGAUUCCCAAAUGCUGGCGAUUCAGCAAAGACUGAACAGAAUGGAAGAAAAACUUAUGGCGAUAAGUUCCGAUAUGAAGAAUCAGCUUCAGUUGCUCCUCACCAAAAUGACAGAUCAGCAGACAUCCAUGCAAUCCCAAAUGGAUGCCCAACUUCUGGCGGUAAAGAAAGUGCUAGAGGACCAGAAAAUAGCCCCUGAGCCUCUUUCUUCUGAGACGAAUCUAAACAUAACCGAGGGACAACUGCCGAUGACUGAGACAAAAAUAGAGAACCAACCUGAGGAGUUUCAAAGUACAACUGAAAACAAUCAUCUUCUCGAAACCCAAACGACAAUCAAAUCAAAUACCAUCGAUCCCAAGUUUGAGCUAGUUGGCUCUAGAUAUUUCUAUUUCGGACACGAUAAUCGUAAGUCCUGGCUAGAGGCUGCGGAAACAUGCCAUCAAAUGGGCGGCUUUCUGGCGGCUUUCAAAACCGAAGAGGAACUCAUAGCCGUAAUGGGGAAACUUGAGAGUGGGUUUAUUAACUUUUACUGGACUGGCAUCAACGAUUUAAAGGAAGACGGCCAGCUCAUAUCUGCGGCCUCCGGGAAGCCUGCUACCAUUUUAAAGUGGCGGGAAAUAGAGCCAACAAAUAGUGGCCCAUGCGUUUUACUAGACAUAUGGGGAAUGAUUAGGAACUCUUGUAGUUUCCGGGCUUUUUUUAUUUGUCAAGCAGAUAAUGAAUUCUAA